AUGGCUGAACUAGGGAGGAGUGAUGUUGAUGGUAAUGAUAUGAUUGAGAAUUUGAUAGCUGCAAGGAAGUCAUUGAAGCUAAAUUUAGAGAAGUCGAAAGCUUUAGGGUUUUCUCUUGAGAAAGCUGGGCCGAGAUUAGAUGAGAUUAACCAAAGAUUGCCUUCUCUAGAGGCGGCAGUGCCCCCAUUCGUGCGGACAAGGAAGCACUUAUUGCUUUCAUGGACUGGAGAAGUCGUUAUCAGAUCCAAGGAACAAUCUUCCUGGUAUUUGUCAGUGUUAAAGCGACUUGAGGAGGCUUUGAGGUUUCUGGGGGAUAAUUGUGGAUUAGCAGUCCAGUGGUUGGAUGACAUAUUGGAGUAUUUGGAGGAUAAUGUUAUGGCAGAUGAGCAGCAUUUUUUGAAUUUGAAGAAGUCAGUGAAGGGUCUUAGGGAAUCGCAAAGUGAUGAUGAACGAGCUCGUCUUGAUGGUGGGCUUCUAAAUGCUGCGUUGGAUAAAUUGGAAGGUGAGUUUUGGCGGCUUUUGACAGAACAUAGUGUGCCACUGCCAAUGUCAUCAUCUCCGGAUCUUGGUGAACAGGCGGUCAUUGCACCAUCACUAUUACCUGUGUCUGUUGUACACAAGUUGCAAGCCAUUCUUGGGAGGUUGAGAACUAAUAAUAGACUUGAAAAGGGCAUAUCAAUAUAUGUUGAAGUUCGUAGUUCGAAUGUUAGAGCUAGUCUGCAGGCGCUGGAUUUGGAUUACCUUGAGAUCUCAAUAGCUGAAUUCAAUGAUGUGCAGAGCAUAGAAGGGUAUAUAGCUCAGUGGGGCAAGCAUUUGGAGUUUGCAGUGAAGUACCUGUUUGAAGCAGAAUACAAGCUUUGUAACGAUGUUUUUGAGAGGAUUGUCUUGGAUGUUUGGAUGGGAUGCUUUUCCAAUAUAGCUGCCCAGACUGGCAUUCUUGCGUUUCUUCACUUUGGGAAGACUGUUACAGAAAGUAAGAAAGAUCCAAUCAAGCUUAUGAGAUUGUUGGAUAUGUUUGCGACACUGAACAAAUUAAGGCUGGAUUUUAACAGGCUUUUUGGCGGAGCAGUGGAGUUGCAGAGGCAGAUUCCACCUCCUCCAGAUGGGAACGUCCCUAUACUGGUGAGCAUCAUUACUGAUUACUGCAAUAAGCUGCUUGGGGAUAAUUACAAACCUAUCCUGAACCAGGUUCUGCUCAUUCAUCGAAGUUGGAAGCACGAGAAGUUUCAGGAGAGGAUUCUUGUUAGUGAGCAUUUAUACAAGCAUUUGAAGGGAACAAAGGCUGGGGAUCUCUUAGGGGAUUCUUGGUUUAGAGAACAUGAACAGUACAAAGACCAUUAUGCUGCGAUAUUCUUGCGAGACAGUUGGGGGAAGCUUUCAGGUCAUUUAAGUCGUGAAGGUCUGAUUCUGUUCUCAGGUGGGCGUGCCACUGCCCGUGAUCUUGUCAAGAAAAGGGUGCAAAAUUUCAAUGAAGCUUUCGAUGAAAUGUAUAAGAGGCAGUCCAGCUGGGUUGUGCCAGAUAGUGAUCUCAGGGAUAAGAUAUGCCAGCUGAUUGUGCAGGCAGUCGUACCUGUUUAUCAGAGCUAUAUGCAGAGCUAUGGGCCCUUGGUUGAGCUAGAUGGAAGUUCCAGUGAAUAUGCAAAAUACUUGGUGCAGACUUUGGAGCAAAUGUUGAGCUCACUAUUUCUGCCAAAGCCAGGAAGAUAUGCAAGUUUCAAGGGCUGACAACUUAGUGCCAAAUUCAACAAUGGUGUUGCAGAUCUUCGCCGUACAACCUCUGCGGUAGUGUGAUUUUCCUGCUAUUAUUGCUUUAUGUUGGUUAAGCUGAAAGGUGUCCGAUCCAAACAUCAUCCCUCCUUUGAUCAGCGGUCAGCUCUUGAACUGUACAUAUCUGUAUGUUUGAUGGCUUGGAACUAUUUUGGAAAAUUUAAUUUUAGUAGAGCAACCUCUUUUUUCAGACCAUUGCCUGAAUUUUCCCAGUGAGAUCGAAAUUCAGAAGCUGUUUAAAUGCAAAGCAAACGGAGUGCUAUAUCUAGUGCCUGGUAGGUUCUGCAAUCUCGAGCAAGUCCUGGACACUAGGAUGAAAGCGAAGAUGGGCCCUUUUAAAAGCGUAGAUAAUACUUUGAGUUAUAGAUUGUCAUUUUACUUUCAUUUUCACUCUCAUUCAUUCAAAUAGUGGGCGGCUGUAGAAACCUUGUAUUUGCUAGAUUUGUGUACAAUUCUUUGAUUGAAGAGCAAUUACAGGUCUAGCAGGAAUUAAAUUGUUUACUUGUAUUCUGAGAAGGGCAUAAAUGUUUGUGUGGAGAAUUUAUGGAUGAUAGUUCCAUGCAAUUGCUGUUGUUAGAAGUUAGCUUACAGCCUUGAGUUCACUAGAAAUAUGAUCAGCAAUAA